AUGACACUUGUCCAAUCAAGAAGCACCCCACAAUUUUCUAUUGCUGCCAAAAAUUCGGUCCCUGAAAGAGAGAACGAUGAAUAUAAACGAGAGCUUCAUGCCGUGGAGAAAUUAACAUAUAUACACCUUAGUCCUCAACAUAUUAUACGCAUGCUUGGUGACUUCGAAUUGGGGGGCCCGAACAGGAUACACCAAUGCCUUGUAUCUGAGCCCCUAGGGCCGAGUAUUCCUGAUACAAUUGAUGAACUCUUUGUUGAUACGAGGCUUCCCGGAGAACAUGUAAAGGCUGUCGCGAAGCAGUCCCUUUUAGGGCUCGAUGUUCUGCGCCAGCAGAAAAUUUGUCAUGGAGGAUUCAUCGAUAUGCUAGGGAACCCAGAUAUCGGGCAUAUCCAAAGAAAAGAUGGAAAAGCUCUGGAUUUUGGCAUGCCGAAGUACGUUAUCAGACCAGUCUCAUACAUGGCAUAUUCUCCGUUCUUUUCGAUUCCUAUCAUAAUCACUCUUCAUAUGCCACUACCAGUUCAAGCACCUGAAGUUCUAUUCAAAGACUGUUUGAACCACCGUGUGAAUCUAUGGAGCAUGGGAUGUAUGACCAGCGCAGAUAUCCCGAGCCCCGCACUGCAAAAAUGGCUGGAAGAAUUGUGUUUUGAUAGUGAGCGGCAUGCCGAUCUUACCAAGGAAGAUAUAGUAAAGCUGGUGCAGCUUAUUGGAGAGUUGCUGCAGUUUGAGCCGGACAAAUAGGGCACCAGCUGGGGAAAUUCUAGAUGACUCUUGGUUUAAAUGCGAUUCAGAGGCCAUCGCGCGUUGUGUCUCUUGCGGAUAGAAUCAUUCAGGUAGAUCCGUUAGGAGUAUCCUCAUGAGAUUUCUACUCUAAGAUUGUGCUCAGUUCCCGAGCUCCUCAUUCAUGGUACCUAGCCGCAUCCAUAUUAAACUGGCACUU